AUGUCGGAUCAAGUCACCCCAGAAGUCCUUUGGGCUCAGCGUUCAUCUACUACCGAUGCUGAGAAGAACUAUGUGUACUUGACAAUUUCCGUGCCUGAUGUUCCUGCCAAAUCUCUCAAGCUUGAUCUUCAGCCCACCGGCUUGACUUUCACCGGUACCUCGGAAACCAAAAAGACUACAUACCACCUCAAGUUGGAGUUCUUCGAAGAGAUUGACGUAGAGAAUUCCAAAGUCCAUCACACCGCCGCGAACAUCCAGAUCGUUCUGCGAAAGAAAGAGCUCAAGGAAGAAUACUGGCCUAGACUCCUCAAGGACAAGGCCAAGGUUCAUUACCUACGAACAGAUUUCGACAAGUGGGUCGAUGAGGAUGAACAGAACGAGGCCCCUGAAGAUGAUUACAUGAACCAAUUCGGUGGUGGUCUCGGUGAAGAUGGCGGGUUCGGUGGCAUUGACUUCUCCAAACUUGGUGGUGGUGACGGUGCCGGACUGCCAGGAAUGGAAGGUCUGGGAGGUGCUGGUGCAGGAGGUGAUGCUGGAGAUGAUGAUGAGGAGGACGAUGAGGACGAUGAUGAGAUGCCCGACCUUGAAGACGACGACAAGGACGAGGCCGCACCUGCUGAAAAGGGCAAGGCUAAGGCCUAA